GGCUUCGGGAGAAGAACUGAAAAUCAAGGCCUACCUGCCUCCGGGAAAACAGUUUUUGGUCACGAAAAUUGUGCCGUGCUACAAACGGUGCAAACAGAUGGAAUACUCGGACGAACUAGAAGCCAUCAUAGAGGAAGAUGACGGGGACGGAGGGUGGGUGGACACCUAUCACAACGCGGGUGUGGCAGGAGUGGCUGAAGCAGUGAAAGAGAUCACACUGGACAACAAGGACAGUGUAAGGCUGCAAUGUCGCUCGGGAUCACAUGAGGACGAGGAAGAAGAGGAAGAGGAGGAGGAGGAGGAGGGAGAAGCGGCAGAUAUGGAAGAAUAUGAAGAGAGUGGGCUGUUGGAGACCGACGAGGCUACUCUGGACACGAGAAAAAUGGUAGAUGCUAGCAAGACGAAAACUGAUGUUGGGAAUGAAGAUGCAAUUUUGCAGACCAGGACCUAUGACCUAUACAUCACGUACGACAAAUACUACCAGAUGCCUCGACUCUGGCUUUUUGGCUACGAUGAGCAACGGCAGCCACUCACCGUAGAGCACAUGUAUGAAGACAUCAGUCAAGACCAUGUGAAGAAAACCGUGACCAUUGAAAACCACACCCAUCUUCCACCACCUCCUUUGUGCUCAGUGCACCCCUGCAGAGCCUCCAAGUACCUUCUCAUUUUCUUGAAGUUCGUCCAAGCCGUCAUUCCGACCAUAGAAUACAACUACACGAGACACUUCACCAUGUGACGGAACGGGGCUCGGGCUAGUUGACGGACGAAUUGAGCCCCGGUCUAGACCUUACCGACCAGAUCCACCUCUAUGUACGAUUGAUGAAAUAAAGGGACUUUUAUGUUUAUGUUUUCAAUAAAAUAUGUUCCAUUACCAGCCUUACUUUAAUAAAAAGUGUGAGAAAAAGAAA